AUGAGCCGUAUGGAUCUCCUGUACGGCCUCCUCGAGGGCAGAGCUCUCCGCUGCCUCGAGGCAAGAUUUACGUCGGAGACCCGACCCUUCUCCGGCGUGGCCGAGAUGAUCCAGACUCUGGAGUCUGUGUUCGGGAACCCGAACGAAGCGAUCGAGGCCCACGCUAAGCUGCAACGCCUGUUUUUCACGAUCGGUGGUAAGUGGGAUAUCACGGAUUUUAUCGCCGAGUUCGACUCCCUCUCGUCAAAGGCCUCCUGGCCUCAGGAUCAGCUCAAGCACGCACUCUGGUGCAAGCUCGGGGGAGGACUCGACGGAUCCCUCCUGACCAAGACCCGUGACCCGACCGUGACCUAUGAGACCUUUUGCGAGUCUGUGAAGGACUCGGUCCAUACCCCGGCAGCCAAGACCCCGACCAAGAAUUCGAAUAAGACGGGCCCUCCCCCGGUUACCUCGCAGAACGCCGGCCGAGCCCUGACCGAAGAAGAGAAGAGAGUCCACUGGGACAACGACACCUGUUUUACCUGUGGCAAGACUGGGCACGUUUCUCGCGACUGUCCCGACCGCGCCAAGGGCGUUUCUCGGCUGGCUAUGACACCUGAGGAGUCUGAUCAGGAGUCGGGAAAAGACCCAACCUUCGCCAAGCAAGCCGCCCAACGCCUAGGGGCGAAGCUCGUUACCCUCGCCAAGCCGAUACAGCUACAAGACUACCGCCGGAGACUCGCCGGCUCGAUCAAGCAGCAGUUACACGCAUCAUUCGAGGUAGACGGUCGACGCCUCCCCGAUCAAGUCUUUAACGUCGCCGAGAUGGGUGGCGACAUCUUUAUCGGCCUCUUCUGGAUGCGACGGCAACGACUCUUGCUCGACUGCGCUAGUACUUCGAUCGUGUGGCCCGACGACCUCCCUGCCCUGGCGAAGUUCUCCCCGACCAUCCAGCUCUCUUGUAACGGGCAAGCCGCUUUAACGGCGGCUGCGCCGCCUACCUUCUAG